UCAGGGUUUAGUUCCUUCAAAGCUAUUAGUAUUUUUAUAUUUCUUUUGCAGUGUAACAUGAUUGAUCAGGAUGUGUAAGCUAUCUUUGGGUUGUUGGGUUUUGAGGUUUUUUUGUCUCUAAUUUUUUGUAAGUUCUCGGCUGCAUUUUGUACAGGUGUUCCACAACAGAUUAUUUAGGUGUAAGCCAAUUACUCCUAACUGCAGAAUGACACUGCAUUCCUGGGUCAGCUGGGUCCCCAGACCUCCUGUGUUGAGUGCAGAAGUUUAAACAGAAAAUUCUGUUUGUGCAUUGGAGCUCCACACAGUCCAAAUAUAUACUGUUGCAGGGUAUUCUGCAAGGUGGAGCUUUGUACCACAGACCUAACUUAGGAGUAUGAUUUUGGUGAUGAGGCCAGAAGUGCAGGUCCACUUUGUAAGUAUGUGAGUAAUGCAUAAGGCUAGAGAAAGAAGUAAUUUUCACGAAUUAAGACCUCAUUCUAGUUACAUUGAUACAAAUAAGAUAAUUAACGAAUCAAAGUUGUGGAGGGAUCUCAUCUUGAUUCAGUGAAAACCAGAGAUAAAAUACAUUAAGCCUUUCUCCAGUGUUAUCUGUGUGUAGUUGAGGUAAUGAUAUAGAAUGUUUUGGUAACUCAAAUGUUGUUAUUACUUCUUCCACAUAGUUUACAGUUAAUGGCAUAUUCUGAUCUCUUCCAGAUGUUUCUUACAGUGUACCUCAGCAAUAAUGAACAACACUUCACUGAAGUUCCAGUUACCCCAGAAACCACUUGCAGAGAUGUGGUGGAUUUGUGUAAAGAGCCUGGUGAAACUGAAUGUCAUCUGGCUGAAGUGUGGUGUGGCUCAGAGCGCCCUGUAGCUGAUAAUGAGCGCAUGCUGGAUCUUUUGCAGCGCUAUGGAGUCCAGAGAAAUGAGGUUCGGUUCUUUCUUCGCCAUGAACGCCCUCCUAAUCGGGAAAAUGGCAGUGGAUCACGACUGCAGGAUCCAAGCUUGAAGAGAAAUGGUGUGAAAAUGCCUGGUGAACGAAGAAUAGAGAAUGGAAUUAAUGCUCCUCGGAUGGAUAUGACUCUGGCUGAACUGCAGGAAAUGGCAUCACGACAACAGCAACAAAUAGAGGCUCAACAGCAAUUGCUAGCUAACAAGGAGCAGCGUUUAAAAUUUCUGAAACAGCAGGAUCAGCAGCAGCAGCAGCAAGCUGCAGAACAGGAAAAACUCAAAAAGUUAAAAGAAAUUGCUGAGAAUCAAGAAGCUAAGUUGAAGAAAGUAAGAGCUCUCAAAGGCCAUGUGGAGCAGAAACGACUCAGUAAUGGGAAACUAGUGGAGGAGAUUGAGCAGAUGAACAGUUUGUUCCAGCAAAAACAGCGAGAACUGGUACUGGCUGUGUCAAAGGUAGAGGAACUUACCAGGCAAUUGGAGAUGUUGAAGAAUGGCCGAAUUGAUGGUUACCACGACAACCAGUCUGCUGUAGCUGAACUUGACCGCCUCUACAAGGAGCUUCAGUUGAGGAACAAACUGAACCAGGAGCAGAAUGCCAAGCUGCAGCAACAGAGGGACUGUUUAAACAAACGAAACUCAGAGGUGGCAGUUAUGGAUAAGCGUGUUAAUGAGCUAAGGGAACGACUGUGGAAGAAAAAGGCAGCACUACAGCAAAAGGAGAAUGUACCGGUGCCUUCAGAUGGCAAUCAGCCACAACCAGUGGUGUCGACUCCAAGUCGAGUGGCAGCUGUUGGUCCUUACAUCCAGUCCUCCACCAUGCCACGUAUUGCCUCAAGGAAUGAACCUUUGGUGAAACCAGCCUUUCCAGAUGGGACUUUAACCUUACAGGCUGCAGAUGGUCCAUUGAAAACCCAAACUCUUCCAAAUAUGAGGGCUGGAGUUCUUUCACAAAUGAAAGCUCCUGGAACUACACCUGCUGGUUCAAAACCUCCACUUGCUAUCAAUGACUGGAAUAAUGCAGCUGCUGAUAACUUGAUCAACCAAGGGCUAACUUCCUCAGCAACAAAAGCCAAUGGUAGCAAUGAAGGGCUGGCUGGGGAUGGAGAAGUUCCUCUUAGAGAAAGAGAGAAGAAAGUACGUCCCUUUUCCAUGUUUGAUUCUGUUGAAUCCAAUGCCAGUACUACAACGCCCACAACAGGUAUACUACGAAAAAACCAGAGUAGUGAAGACCUCUUGCGUGAUGGCCAGAUGGGUGCUAAAAAUGUGGCAAAAGUACCACCACCUGUUCCCACCAAACCAAAACAGAUCAAUUUACCUUACUUUGGUCAAGCCACUCAGCUGUCCCCUCCAGAUGUUAAGUCUGAUGGUAAUGUCCAGAAGUUGCCUCUGACAAUUGCAGCUGUGGGAAGCAAACAGAAACCACCAACCUCACUGACACCACCAGGAUCUCAGCAGGUUCAGCAAAGAAUUUGUGUGUCCCCAAGUGGCCCUGCCACUAACCCGGAUUUGACUCUUCCUAAGCAAGAAAGCCCUCCUGCAGCAGCUGUGAGACCUUUCACCCCACAGCCAACAAAAGAGGCCCCUCCACCGCCUUUCCGAAAGCCGCAGACUGUGGCUGCAAGUUCAAUCUACAGCAUGUACACAAAACAGCAGACUCCCGGAAAGAACUUUCAGCAGGCAGUGCAGAGUGCCCUGACAAGGGCACAAACCAGAGGACCGCAUUUUCCAAGUGUGUAUGGGAAGCCAGUUAUUGCUGGAGCUGGUACUCCAAAUCAACAGCAGCAGAUGGAGAAUGUGUAUUCAAAUACUCAAGGCAAGCCAGCCAGUCCAGAGCCUGAAAUGGAGAUUACAGCCUCAGCCAGUGAAAAUAACGAAACAGAACGUAUUCCUCGUCCACUCAGUCCAACAAAGCUUUUGCCUUUCUUGUCAAAUCCUUACAGAAAUCAAAGUGAUGCAGAUCUGGAGGCUCUUCGGAAGAAGCUGUCCAAUGCACCAAGACCACUGAAGAAACGUAGUUCCAUUACUGAGCCAGAGGGUCCUAAUGGCCCCAAUAUUCAGAAACUUUUGUACCAAAGAACAACUCUGGCUGCUAUGGAGACAAUUUCAGCACCAUCAUACCCAUCAAAGCAAGCCUCACCAGCCAUUACGGAGAGCUCAGUUGAAGUCCCAAACCCUUACCUAAGCACAGAAGCAGUGAAAGAAGUGGUUCCUAUACCACCUGAGCCAGCUAUUGCAGAGGAGGCAGAAAACCCAAAAACUGAUCAGAACACAAGUUCUUUGCCUUCACCAGGACUAGAUAGGGUUCCUGAAAUGACAUCUGACAACACUCCUCUUACUCAGCCUGAAAUGGAAGAACCCAGUCUAGAUGUGCCCUUGCCCAUAGAAAUGUACAUGGAAGAAUAUCCUCCCUACCCACCACCACCUUAUCCUUCAGGAGAACCAGAGAGUUUUGGAGAGGACUCAUUUAGUAUGCGACCACCCGAAGUCACUGGGCAGUUCUCUUUACCACCUGGGAAAAGAACAAACUUACGCAAAGCGGGCUCAGACAGGAUUUCCCAUGGAAUGCGAGUGAAAUUCAAUCCCCUUGCUCUGCUCCUAGAUUCCUCUCUUGAGGGAGAAUUUGACCUUGUACAGCGAAUCAUUUAUGAGGUUGAAGAUCCUAGUUUGCCCAAUGAUGAGGGCAUCACUGCGCUGCACAAUGCUGUAUGUGCUGGUCACACAGAGAUUGUGAAAUUCCUGGUACAGUUUGGUGUAAAUGUAAAUGCUGCAGAUAGUGAUGGAUGGACACCACUGCAUUGUGCAGCAUCUUGCAAUAAUGUCCAAGUCUGCAAAUUCCUAGUGGAAUCAGGUGCUGCUGUGUUUGCCACAACCUACAGUGACUUGCAGACUGCAGCAGACAAGUGUGAAGAAAUGGAAGAAGGCUAUACGCAGUGUUCGCAGUUUCUCUAUGGAGUACAAGAAAAAAUGGGAAUAAUGAACAAAGGAGUGGUUUAUGCUCUCUGGGACUAUGAAGCUCAGAAUGAUGAUGAACUGUCCAUGAAAGGAGGAGACUGCAUGACAGUACUUCACCGGGAAGAUGAAGAAGAAAUAGAGUGGUGGUGGGCACAGCUAAGUGACAAAGAAGGCUAUGUUCCACGCAAUUUACUUGGGCUUUACCCAAGAAUUAAGCCGAGACAAAGAAGCCUAGCAUGAAAACAUUUGGAAACAAUCUUCUGAAGUACAAGCCAGAAUGAUUCUGUCUUUUUUCUAGAAAACAAUGUGUUCUUUUAGUAUUGAAGCCAGUUUCAUUAAACGUAGUUCUAUGAAAUUGUGAUAUGAAAGCAACACUAUGCUGUGAAACAGAUGAAGGAUAGACUGCAUUCACAAAUGGUGGAAGAUACUCUUCAAUCUGGGAUGCUACUUUCAAGCAAAUGGAGUUGGCUUCAUCCAGGCCAGCUAUGCCUCAUCGGCAAUCACUGCCUGCUCUGCUUCUACAAAUGGCUUUCCCUGUGCUCCCUUUGUCAUGUACCAUCAAGAGAGAAUCCGAUCAUUAGUCAGUCGCUGUUCUUAAGCUCCUGCAUUCCCUCCUUUAGAAACUAGGCCAAUUAUAAAUCAGCAAUGCUAUUUAUAUAAAAACUAUUAAUGAACAUUCUGCGUAUGAAAUAUGUCUUAGUAGCAGAGCUAACAGUAUGAAUGCAUCUUAACAUAAAGAACCUAAACCAGUUCUUUGAGCAAUAACUUAAAGUGCAGUAGCAUUUUAAAGUUCCAAAGUAUUUGAAAUAUAUGCUAUAUCACAGAUAAUGUAGUUUGUAGUGUUUUUUUAAUGUCUGUCUUUUGUAACUUGGAUAGUAAAUGUAGAAAUGUGUGUAGCCCCUCCCCCAUAUCUCACAAAGUUUGUUAUAACUUUUUAUUCAUAACUGUGAUUAAAUUUUUUUCUUCAGAAAUACCAA